GAGCGGUACCGGGAGCGGCACCGGGAGUGACCCAGGAGCGGCACCGGGAGCGGCACCGGGAGCGGCACCGGAGCGGCACUGGAAGUGACCCGAGAGUGACCCAGGACCAGCACGGGAGCAGCCCCGAGAUCGGUCCCGGGAUCGGCCCCGGAGCGAUCCGGUAGCGGUACCGGGAGUGCCCCGGGAUCAACCCCGGAGCGGUCCGGUAGCGGUACCGGGAUCGUCCCCGGGAUCAGCCCCGGAGCGCUCCAUUCGCGGUACCGGGAGCGCUCCGUUCGCGGUACCGGGAGCGCUCCGGUAGCGGCCCCGCCAUGUGGUUCAUGUACGCGCUGAGCUGGCUGUCGCUGCUGCUGCAGGUGGCCUUUGUCACCCUGGCCAUCGCGGCCGGGCUGUAUUACCUGGCGGAGCUGAUCGAGGAGUUCACCGUGCUCACCAAGAGGAUCAUCAAGUACAUGAUCUGGUUUUCCUCGGCGGUGCUGGUGGGGCUGUACCUGUUCGAGCGAUUCCCGGCGUUCCUGGUGGGAAUGGGGCUCUUCACCAACCUCGUCUACUUCGGAUUGCUCCGGACUUUUCCCUUCAUCGUCCUCACUUCCUCCAACUUCAUCCUGUCCUGCGUGCUGGUCGUGGUCAAUCACUACCUGGCAUUCCAAUAUUUUGCCGAGGAAUUUUAUCUCUUCUCCGAGGUUCUGGCGUAUUUCACCUUCUGCCUGUGGCUGAUUCCUUUCGCCUUCUUCGUGUCGCUGUCGGCCGGGGAGAACGUCCUGCCCUCCACCGUGCAGCCCGGAGACGACGUCGUCUCCAAUUAUUUCACCAAGGGAAAACGCGGGAAGCGCUCCGGGAUUCUCCUGAUUUUCUCCUUUAUCAAGGAAGCCAUCCUGCCCAGCCGGCAGAAAAUCUACUGAAAUCCGGGAAUUUUCGGGAAUUUCCCACGGAUCCGCAUCCGGGAUAUCCCAAACUGUGCCUCUCUCCGCCGGGAAUUCCUCGGGGAAUUCGGACUCCUGGAACGCUUGGAGCUUUUCCAGCUUUUUUUUCCCCUCCCCCCCACCCCACCCCCCGCUGACGUUGGGAUGGGAUGAGCCCUCGGAAUUUUUUGGGAAUUUCGGGAAUUUUGGGAGUUUUCCCGAUUCCCGGGGUUUUUUU